GCGCCUUUCGUUUUCCAUCCCGAACACUUGCUUGACUGCACGACUGCAACACAAAAAGAUAGGCUGGCAUUCAAAGUCAACACGAUGGUGUCCGACAACAGCAGCAAGAACGCUGCCAACCCCCCCAGCAACAGCAGCAAGGUUAGUUUUGACAGUACCCUUACUCCUCAAAGAUUCCUUGAUGUCGACGCUUUACAGACAGAGUGGUCCCCAAAGGAGGAACGAAUUGCUCGCUCCCAAUCUGGUGGCAUGAAAGUUCGGAGCCUCGAUGGCAACAAACGGCGCCUCCGCGGUGGCGACUUUGUAUUGAACAAGUGGGACGCAGCCGCCACGAUUGGUUUCUGUUUCAAAGAUAAGACUACCAAAAAGAAAUAUGGUAUUACCGUUGCCCAUCUGGCGGAUCACUGCCACUCUCAAACCGGCGCCGUGCUCCAAGAAGGCCGCGUGGGAGACAAGCUUUAUGUAUUUCUGUCGGACGAGCCAGAUGACACUACUGGUGAAUACGAAAAAGCUGAACUUGGAAAAAUUGUAUCUUUGGAACGAUCCACGGACUCUAUGGUGUUUGAGGUGGAAGGCAACAUCGAAGUCGAAUCUUACGUCCUCCACCCUUGCUUGGGACUUCAAACUCGGAUCUCUUUAGGCCCUUUCGAGAUGGGAGGCAUUGGUACAACCCUUGUAGGAUUUGGUGCUCAACGCCGUGGAACGCUUGGUCGAAUCAUGGAAGCAAGACUUGACAAUUGAACAUCAGUCGUCGCCGCCACCCAAGCGACGCCGGGUUGAUACCCAGAACGAGAAUGCCGAGCCCGCUGGAAAAGGAACGGUUUUGAAGAAGAACCCCUUGGUAUUCAAGACGAAGCUUGUCACGGCGCCUCCUUUUUGUGGCCAGGACGUUGUUUUCAAGAAACCACUUCAAGUGAAGACAAAAGAGGUUCCCCUUCCAGUGCGGGUGGAGUCGUUGCGUGUGAUACCUGAUCGCUAAGCCAAUCAAGGCAUCAACACUCUUUCGUCGUCAAUUUCUUGGACGUGAGCACAGUUGAAGAUCCAUUGAAGAUCACUUAGGCCAAGUGAAUCACUUAGGUAAAGUGCGAAACUCUGCCACUUAGCCUAUGUUUGCCAAAAGUGAGGGUCCCUUUUCGCGACGGUAGCCUACGGCUGUCUUUGCUUUCCCUGCCUUGAUUGUGCUCCAAGGAAUGGUCAAUGAUCCAAGAUCAGGCAGAAGGGAUUUCCAUGCAGAUGGGGUCUCGUGCAUGAUCGCUCGAUAGCUACCGUAGCAAGCAGUUAGUUGUCGCUGAUUUAAAAACUGAUCAUUAUAAAGAUUCUUGAAUCAUUUGGAGC